CAUAUCGUUGGACGUCAUAUUUAUGUACAAAUAUCUUAAAAUAAUCUUAACGAAACUCUACUCUACAACAAAAUGUUGUUCUCUCAGAAAUUUACACUUAUUUUCGUGUUCGUGUUGGGCUUGAGCAUUGUGCCGCACAUAUCUGCUGAAAUGUCCGUAAAUAGCUACGAGGAUCCAGCGUAUCCUGGUCGUUGUGUCAUCGAUAUACCGACUUCAGUUGUUCUGCUCUCCGCGGGACAGGCCUUCAAACUGCCCAACAUUGACUGUGCGACAAUAUUCUGCAUUAGCAAUGGCUGGGGCAUGCUCUUUACCUGUGAGAAAGAGGCACCGCCCGAUGAUUGCCGUUUCUCCGAGCCACUGAAUCCGGAUGCCAUUUAUCCAGAGUGCUGCAAGCGUCGCGUUGUUUGUGAUUAAAGAUUUCAAUCGUCAACUGAUGAUGUUACUAGUUAAAUUUCAAUCUAAAUUUGUCAAGCAGAAUUAAAUACAAUAAAAUCCCUUCGUUAUACUGCCGGA